ACAGACUACACGUUUGCUGGAAUAACAAGAAAGCUUGUGAUCCAUUUGAUUUGUUUCUGUUCUGUAGACCAGGAGAGUCACAGCAGUCUGCUCUGAUGUCCCUGGGGAAUCAGAUAUCCUUUUGGGCUAAAAACAAUUGCACUGUUUCAAAGCUUCAGCUGGGUAAGAUUUGCAUUCUCGUGUGCCUGUGAUGGAUUUUCUCCCCCUGUCUUAUUAAAACUGCACAAUGAAAGCCAUUCACACGAUUGAGAAGCUGACUGACAAUAUCACCGAGAAGUGUUUCCUGCCUUGUGUGGAGAAAGCUGCCGAACUGUUUGCUCACAGACCAGGCAAGGGGGCGAGCUGCACUGAGCAUGCCUCAGAGGAGGGGACCACAUUAUGCAAAGAGACUGCAACAGCAGAUGGGAGAAUCUCCGGCUCCGAGCUCGCGUUUGUUUUCUCCGCAUCCCCGGGAGCUACUGCUGCUGGAGGCUGCAGGCGGGAGGCCGGGCAUGGCUUGAGGGCGAAGGGCUUCUGGCCAUUCGCUAACAUGGGGAACCAAGACGGCAAGCUGAGGAAAGCGGCGGCUGCGGGAGAUGGCCAAGAAUGGGCGGAGGAUGCUUGCGCCCGGGAUGUUGCUGAGAGCACCAAGAGCAGGAAAACGCACCCCAAGCACGGCAAGGGGGGCGACGGAGGCGGCAAGAAGAAGAAAUCCGACUCCACCCGCUCGGUCUUCUCCAUCAGGAAGAGGAAAGCGGCGGCGCGGGGUAAAAAUGAGGCCUGCGGCUCUCGGGAUGAUGAUGCCGAGGAGAUGGCGAGGCGGGCCCCUCCGAGCGAGGAACUGGAUAGCGUCCACUCAGUGACAAAGACUCUGGACAUCAGCAUCUCAGCGGACGAUGAAGGGGGGUUGACCGACACCGAGGCCGAGCAUCCGGACAUCCUGACCGGUGACAGCCUCCAGGCCGGCUCCGUGUUCCGGGGGGUGGUCAGUUCCAGUUCGGACACGGACGGGUACAGUUUCCACUCGGCGGCGGAACACGAGGACCUGCUGUCGGACAUCCAGCACGCCAUCGGGCUGCAGCUCGCCUCCUUCCCGGCGGGCGGCCAACCCGCGGGGGCAAAGCAAUCAGAGGCUGGUGCUAGUCCGGGCCGAAGAGGAGAGGAUGUCGCCUGGGGAUGCAGCUCCUCCCCUCUCCCCAGCCGCGGGGGAGGCACGGAGAGGCAGAGGAGGGUUUCCAUAGAAACUGCCUCCGAGGUCGAGGUACCCUCCGGUCCUGCCUCAUUCAUUGAUGGCCCAGAGCAUCCUCCAGCCUGCCCCACAGAGGAGUCCACUCCAUCCUUGGCUGGCAGCGAAGCCGGUGCUGAUCAGACCGAGCUGCGGGAGGAGGGGGACGGCGGUGCGGACACGGUGCUGCCGCCUGAUGCUCGAGUCUUCCCCGACAGCCGUCUCCCGGCCCCGAGCUCCGACUCCCUCCGCAAGCACAAACCCUACCCGGGCUCGGCGCUGACUGCGGUCAGGUCGUACCCGCCGGUCAAUGCUAUCUUCGUGAGGACCACCACCAGGCAGCUGAGCUCCCCGAGUCACUCGCCGUCCGCUUCGCCUUCUCAGAGCCCCCUGAUCCAGAGGAAGCGCCGAGCCUCUGACCUGAAGCGGAGCGCCGGCCGGCGGCAGAGACUCCCCAGGGGCACGGGCUCCCUCAGCCGCUCCGCUGACUGGACCGAGGAGGUGAAACCACGCAGGGAGCGGGAUAUCAGGAAGGCAGGCUCCGUGGAUACUCUACAACAGUCUGAACCCUCUGGAACUCCACUUCUGGGACCUAUCAAAAGGCCUUCACUCUCUACCAGCAGAUACCCGGAGAUCUUCACUGGUAAGUGUUUUUGA